AAUUGUCUGGGACCUAUUUCCCAGAACGCAGUUUCGGACGCAGUCUGGCGGCGACUUCCUCUUGUUCCGAGAAAAAGGAAACCACGUUGCUAGGCCUUGGAAUGCGUUUUUUCCGGCGCUAGCACUGUGGUGAGUUUUACUCAGUCCUGUGUUCCGAGAUAGUCAAGGGGAGACGGCGAGAGAGCCUCCGGUGGUUUCAGAAGCAACAAGUAGCACUACUGUUUAAACUACACGUUACAAGAUGGCGCUGUGGGCCCAAGCACAGACACUGCAGGGGGACGCCCUCCAACAGAUGCAGAAUCUGUACGGCACACACUUCCCCAUCGAAGUUCGGCACUACUUCGCUCACUGGAUAGAAGACCAACCAUGGCAAGACAUUGAUCCAGAUGUCCGUGGCCAUGAGGGAAAGGCAAGGAUGAUCCUGGAUGCUCUCAUCAAACAACUCCAGUACAAGUACGACCAGUUGUCUGAUACUGACUUCCUGCUCAGACUCAAGAUGAAGGAAAUCGCUGAUCACUUCACAAAAAAUUACGGCAACAACCCCCUUGAUCUAGUCCGCAUCAUCAAGCACUGCAUAGCAACAGAACAAGCAUUGGUGGACCAGGCCACUGGGCUUAACCAGGAGAGGAUGAGUGCAGAGGUAACGGCUCGCUCAGAAACCAACAGGAAAAUCUCGGAGGCCUUCCAGCUCCUGAAACAAUUCACACAAGAAACAGAGAACGACCUGCAAGUCAUGCAACAGAAACAAGAGUUCUUUGUCAUUCAGUAUCAGGAAAGCAUCAGGUUACAAGCCCAGUUACAGCAGGUGCAGCAGCAGCCUGCGCAGGACCCCACCAGGGUGCUGAACGAGACCAACCUGAACAAGAAGAAGGGUGAGGUGGACAAGCUGCUGCAGCAAGAGGCACAUCAGCUGCUCCAGAUGAGAAUUACUCUAGCAGAGAAGCACAGAACGACGUUCCACCACCUGAGCGAGCUGCAGCAGCGGAUCGUGGAGGAGGAGCUGAUCCAGUGGAAGAGACGGCAGCAGCUGGCGGGAAACGGUGGGCCGCAGGAGGAAACACUGGACCUGUUACAGCAGUGGUGUGAAGCCCUGGCAGAGAUCAUCUGGACCAACCGUCAGCAGAUCAAGCGUGUGGAGAUGCAGAGACAGCAGCUGCCGAUCCAGCAGCCAGGUCCUGACAUCCUGCCUGAACUCAGCACGACCAUCACAGCACUGCUGUCUCAGCUGGUCACCAGCACCUUUAUCAUUGAGAAACAGCCUCCACAAGUCCUGAAGACCCAGACUAGGUUCCAGGCUUCAGUCAGACUGCUGGUUGGAGGGAAGUUGAAUGUACACAUGAACCCACCAAACGUGAAAGCCACUAUCAUCAGUGAAAACCAGGCAAGAGCACUGCUGAGAAAUGAAAGGAUUAAGGACAAUGACAACAGUGGAGAAAUCCUGAACAACACAGGAGUUAUGGAGUAUCACCAGGCAACAAGGAUUCUGGGAGUGACAUUCAGGAAUAUGCAACUGAAGAGAAUCAAACGCCCGGAGAAGAAGGGCCAGGAGACGGUGUGUGAGGAGAAGUUCACCAUCUUGUUCCAGUCUCAGUUCAGCGUGGGGGGAAACGAACUGGUCUUCCAAGUCAGGACCAUGUCCUUACCCAUAGUUGUGAUCGUACAUGGGAACCAGGACUCCAAUGCCUGGGCCACCAUUCUGUGGGAUAAUGCCUUUGCAGAGGCGAACCGCAGCCCGUUCUGCGUGCCGGCAGAAGUGACGUGGCGCCAGCUGGAAGGCGCUCUCAACUGUAAAUGGACGUACGUCAACGGGAGACCUCUGUCUGACAGCAACAUGAAGUACCUGGCAGCCAAAGCCUUCAACAUCAACAACCCACCUGAGUCAGAGGAUUUUGGACAAAUGAAGAUCUCAUGGUCACAGUUCAACAAGGAGCCUCUCCAGCCCAACAGGAGCUUUACAUUCUGGCAGUGGUUUGACGGAGUCAUGGAGCUGACCAAGAAAAACCUGAAGGGACCAUGGGAGGAUGGGACAAUCCUAGGUUUUGUGAACAAGGACCGGGCCAGAGAUACCAUGCUGAUGUCUAAACAGAAUGGCACCUUUCUGCUGCGCUUCAGUGAUUCAGAGAUAGGGGGCAUCACUAUCGCAUGGGUAGCCCAGGACCCAAACAACCCAAGUGAGAGACAGGUGUGGAACCUGCAGCCCUUCACCACGCGGGAUUUCGGCAUCCGUUCUCUGGCAGACCGUAUCCAUGACCUGCCUCACCUGGUCAACCUGUACCCUGAUAUCCCUAAGGACGAGGCUUUCUCCAAGUACUACACACCUGUCCGAGAUAAGCCUGCCCAGACGGACGGCUAUGUUCCUGCUGCCCUGAAGGCGACGGUUGAGACCCUCCCCCCUCCCGUGGCCUCCCCGAUGACAUACGACAACCCUAACACCCCCCACCCCAUGGAGGGGCCUGCCUCGCCCACCGAGAAACCCACCAUCAUGAACGACAUGAGUCCAGACUCGGAGAUCCUGGGGGCCUGCGGACCGGCUGACUUUGACGGCAAUGGUGGGGAGGCUGACAUGCCCGAGGAUUUCCUGAGUGAGUUCCCCAACCUCGCCUCGGAUAACCUGCCAGACAACAUAGACGUCAACAAACUGCUCGGGUUUGUAGACAAGGAUGCCAAACCCUUCUAAACCUGUUUCAGGUUGUUCCUACUCACAUUUCAUAACACUUCAUCAAAUAAAGCACCUAUACUGCUUAUUGUGAUUACAUAUUAAAUACUACAACACUCAAAGCACUUCUUACCCAAUAGAGAUUGUUAGGCUAAUUGAAUGUAUAUACUUUUAAAUAUUUCUGCUUACAGUAUCAGGUUAUUUGAACUGCCAGGUACUAUUAUGUUUAAGUCAGGAGAAAAAUUCUUUGUGCUUCAGAUUGGUUGACUGUCUAAGUCUUGGUGUUUUAACUUGUGUGCCACACAUCUGAUGAUUGGUGGCACUAGCUAAUUAUAAGGAUGUCCUGUCAUGCCAGAUACAAGGUUUUAUUGGAAUUUUUUUUUUGCUGGAAAAUUGUAAUUAUAAGGCCACAGGGCAUCAACAUACAUGUGUAUUAUACACAUGUAAUAGUCCAGGACUUUUUAAAGACAGUAUAUGUAACCCAGUGGUGUUGAAUGGCUGAGUGGCAAGGUUAGUGGACACAAGACCGGGAGGUUGCGGGUUCAAUUCUCUGGAUUCCUGGCUAGACGUUGUCCUUGGGAAAGCCACUUUACAUGUUUUCCUCACUCCACCCAUGUGUAAAGUGGGUACUGCCUGACUUCGGUUGGGGAGGUAAAAGGUGGUAGAAGGAGAGGGAUGGACUCCGCCUUCCAAUACCUUGAAAUGAUAAACACAGUGGGUUAACAACCUGCUGCCCCUGUGACCUCAAAAAGGCUAUAGGAUUAUCUUUCCCUUUAUCCAAGACUUAAAAGGUGCUAAAUUGUGUGAGUAAAGCUUAAAUGUACCACGAUUAUGUUAGGCAGAAUCAAGAACCCCAAGAAAUCUUGGUCAGCUUGGCUGUCAUUUUAUAUGUAGGGAUUCAAUCCAGAGAAUUUCAAACGUAGGUAUUUUUGACUUGUGACUGCUGUACAUGUGGUGUGUUGAAAAUCAUGAAACUUAAACAGCUCUACAUACUAUUAGAUAUCACUUUAAAAAUUUGAAGACUUGACAGUGGUGUAUAUUUGUGGCCUGCAUACCCAUAUCUUUACAAUAUUCAAGACAACCUAAGUAUAGACAAUUUUGUUAGGUUCAAGACUAAAUGUACAUGCCUUGCUUACAUGUAGUAUUAUAUAGUAUAGGUCACAAGAAAAGUGUUGGCAGAAUUUUGAAAUGUUCCAUGUCUGGAAAAUCAUGAUGCAGACAGAAUUGAACUUUGUAAAGUGUAGUGACUGCUUUUGGGCUGUGCCAAUUGUUAUUGCGUCUUUAAAAAGUUGAAAAUCUGCUUGACAAUGUACUGAACAUGAUUCUUGUAUUUUUGUUUGAGGCUUUGUAUUUCAAACAAAAUUAACCAUGGUGUCCAACAUUUGCUCUACAGUAUUUUGAACUCAUACACUUUCUGUUGGUAUCAACACUGAAAAGAUUUUUAGUUUUCCUUUACACAUGAAAACUUAUAUUAUGCUGCUUUAAUGAGAUAAUAAUCUACACAAGUUAUAUAUCUAAGACUAUAUAGCAAUAGUUUACUUCCUUUCUUGAUAAUUAUACUGGCUAUGAAAUCGAUAUUUGCUUGUCAAUGAACAAAAAGCUGCGACUGUACUGUCUACGUACAUGUAUGUGUGUAUGCAUGCGUGUGUGUGUGUGUGCAUUUGUAUGCUUGCAUGUUGCGUAUGUGUGUGUGGGGGGGACUUGAGCAUAUGGUGGUUGAGUAUGUGUGUUUGUACAAUCAUGUAGAAUACAUGUAUGUGAGGGCAGAGUGUACAUGUAUGUGCAUUUGUGGUGGAUACAAUUAAGAAAUGUGCUGUAUGUAUGCAGGUAACCUAGAAUUCAAGUUAAAAAUUUUUAGUAAGCUUUUAAACGCGUUCUCCACAUUCUACAUAUUGAUGACUUUGAAAUUCAGUUUUGGAAUCAUAUGGAAUGUACCAAUUUGACUUGAUCUCUCUUUAUCCCUUCAGUUUGAAGCACGUUGGAUAGUCUUUUAUCAAAAUAUAGAAUGAUAGAGAUAUCAUAUUAAGAGGAUGAUUUCAUAAUCACAAUACUAGGUGGGGUUUGGGAGGAACAGUUACGAAGUAGCAUCAUUAAAGAAUUCUCAUAUCCAUUUGCCAAACUAUCAAAUGACAUCGAAAUUUGACUUUGAGCCGUCAGUGUCCACAAGUGUCCUUCUGUUUGCAAGUAUAAGAUAAAAAAGAAGUAGAAGAUUACAGUGAAUUAUAUACUAUAUACUUUUGUAUGGAAUAAUGAAAAUGAAGACAGUGCAAGACUGGUGACCUGCUCUAACUUUUCUAUAAAGUAAUCUCUGUGAAGGACCAGGAAUGAUUUAAUAUAUACUACUGUACAUGUACAUCUAGUGCUUUUGUGGGGAGGGUGUGUCAAUUAGAAAUACACAAUGUAUGGCAUUUUAAAGAAUUUUGAAAGAUGUUAUGAAAGUAGGAGCAAAAAUCCUAGCUGUUAACAGUAACUGUUUUUCAUUUCUGAGGACAAUUGACUAAGGAGUUGAAGAUGAGAGAAAAAUUGAUGUAACCCUACCACUUCUUCUGAGUCUAUCUUGACUAAGUCUUUUACGAUCAUUCCUGGUCCAAAAUCUGGUGUAACACACUGUAUAAGUGGGAUGUAAUGAGAAGGGGCUACACUUAUUGCCUCCAUGGAGGUGAUUAGAACAGCCCCCAUUGGAUGUCAUGUUUCUUUGCUAGCUCUCAAAUUCUUCAUAAAAUAUUGAGGAACUUCAAAUGCAACAUCACAUGACAUUGUGUACAUGUGUAAGUGACCAAUGCACUGUAAUCAUGUAAGACAUUUGUUGCUCCUUUUAUUGAGAUUCUGUAUGUUUGUUGCAUUUAGGACUGUUCUAUAAGGUAAAAUACAUGUACAUUGUAUGGAGUAAAGCAAAGCCAAAAAAGCAAAAAUACAGAGACAUAUAGAUAUCCGUUUUAAUUAGCAGAGGAACAUGCAGGUAGUACAUAGUAUGGAAACCGUUACUGCUAACACUCAAAAGAAGGGGCCUUCACCAUUGUUUCCAAUGGGAAAAAGGCACUGUAGAGAAAAAAGAGUCUUAUGUCACAUAUUCAAAUUCUGUUCUGAUGCCAAAAAAAAGUUUAAAAUAUUUUCAAGGAAAAGAAUGAUCAGGCAUUAUAUUCAGUGUUUAUCAUAAUACUGUGCAACACACUGUGAUGUUUGCCUCACUGCACACAAGAUUUUUAGAGCUACUUAACUCGCUGCAUACCUGACAAAGUAUUGCUAGACACUGUGUUGGAUAUUAAGAGAGGGGGUGACAGUUAUAAUAGUUAUACAUUAAAAUGUACAUGUAUACUUUUUCUUUAUCACGUGUCCUCCCAUCCUGAAAAUGAAAUCAAAUGAAUCCUCUUGAAAAGUUAUUAUUGUCAAUUCUACUCUGGAGUAGAGACUGUGAAAUAGAACUUGUCUAGACUAAACUUUGUGUGCUAUACAUAGAGUCAGAACAGCGCAGCGUAGAUUUACAUCUGUACGAGUUCUAUGUCAGAGCAUUUCUUGUGGCCUUUUGCAUUCCAGCAACGCUACUGUAUAAUGGAGUCUGUUUUGCAAUAAAGAAUAUGCCUAUCGCUA